AUACGAGAUAUUUUGCAAAAAGAACUUCAAAAAAAUAGAAACACAAUUUGAACGAAGAGUACUUUAAGCAUUGUUCUUAAAAUGAAAGCCCUAAAAUUGACAUGUUCAGCUACUUCACUCUCCGUCUUUCUCUCUCCGGGAGCACCAAUUGCCGAGCAGAUAUUAGUUGGUGAAGUUUGAAGAAAGUUUGCAAGUCUUACAACAUGGCACAAUCAAACUGUUGCUUGCAUGACCAUGAUAUGUUAGUAGAUGAGGAUGAUGAGUUCUUUGAAGAGUCGGUCUGCCAGCCAACAUCAGAAGAAAAAAUACAGCGUCAAAUUGACAAAAUUGCACUAUGUCCUGUGAGUUGUUAUGAGUCUGUGUCCCUUCAUUCAGCGGAUUACUUUGAUUCAUCUACCAUUGUUAGUAAAUGUGUAGAGCGGCUUGUUACUGUUUCAAAAUUUACCAUCAAUCCAAUAAGAAUGAGAAGAGAGUUGGCCAAAAUGAUUGUAUUACAUGAAUAUCCUCUCUCCAUGGUUAAUCACGUAGGGUUUAGGGACUUCUUGUGCAAACUUAAUCCUUCAUUUAGGAUGGUUUCUCAAAAGACUGUUGAGAACGACAUAAAGAAAAUCUUCAAAUUUGAGAAGUGCAUGGCACAUGGUGACUUGAGUGCAAAAUCUCCAGGUAGGGUUGCUGUUACAACAAAAAUGUGGACUUCUAGUGAUGAAAAUCGGAGAUUCUUGGCUAUCACAGGACACAUAAUUGAUGAAGACUGGAAAAGACAAUCUUUUAUCCUGAGGUUUGCCAAUGUGCCAUUCUUUGGUACAAAUCAGUCAAUUUGCAAGGUCAUUCUGGAUUGUUUCUCAUUUUUCGAUGUGGAUAAAAAACUAUCAACCAUGACAGUUGAUAGUUACACUACUAGUGACGAGCUUAUUGACCUUAUGAUGGAUAGACUCUCAGCAAAUGAGCUCCCUUUUAGAGGAAAAUUAUUUCGGCUACCAUGUUUUGCUCAUACUUUGGGCCUGAUGGUGCAGGAUGCACUUGACGUGGUUAGGCAUGUGAUUGAGAAAAUACGUGAUAGUAUUAUGUUUUGGACAUCAUCACCAGAAAGAGAAAUGAUAUUUGAGAAAGCUGCUUGUGAAGUGGGUUUAAGCACUCCAACAAAGUUGGUGCUUGAUUAUGGGUUAAGUUGGAGUUCAACGUACUUGAUGCUGCAAGAUUCAUUUCUUCUCAAGGAUGUCUUUUCUCACUUGGGACAUCAGAAAUCCUUGCCUAGUAAGGAAGAAUGGGAUUUAGUCAGGGAAGUGUGCGACAGGUUAAAAUUGCUUUAUGAUCAGAUGAAGUCUUUGGCUGACUGUCCUGUUGCUUGUAUGUAUCUUAUACAUAUAUGCGAAAUUAAAGUGAAUUUAUUGGAGUGGCUCAAUUGUGAGGCUCCAUUGAUUAAAGAGCUGGCCUCAAAGAUGUUAAAGAAGUUUGACAAGUAUUGGUUAGAAGCACGUGAUAUUCUUGGAGUAGCAACUAUAUUUCACCCCCAGUUACGAUUUAAACCACUGAAGCACUACUUUGAAAAAAUUUAUGGGAAUGAAGCUGAAAAUGAGGUUGAUAGGAUUCGCCAGAUUUUCUAUGAUUUGUUCAAAGAGUACAAGAGUUCCCUAACCAAGCAUAAAAAAAAUGACGAGGACUUGUCCUCACGACAGUCUUUCUCAUAUCUCUUUUUUAAACAACUGGAGGAGGAAGAAUCUGAACUGUGUGAGGUGGACUACUACUUGAAUGCCAGAGUAGGGAAAAUGAAAGCUUCUGAUAUCUUGUCUUGGUGGAAGGUUAAUCCGCACUCGCAUUCUGUCUUGUAUAAGAUGGCACGAGAUAUCCUUGCUAUUCCAGUUUUUGCAGUUGAUGUAGAGGAUGCUUUUGAUGUUGGUGAUAAAAUUUUGGGUGCAAAUCGUAGCAGACUUCAUCCAACUAUGGUUGAGGCAUUGAUAUGCUCUCAGAAGUUGAUCAGGAGAAGGGAACACUCGGAAUCCAAAGCUUCAUCAUCAGCCAAUAGUUUGCAUUCACUAGGUACAAUUUAUGAUGAUGCUAACUUUGAGGAUGGAUGUAUUUUAAAGGCCAAGUCUGUAGAAACAGGUAAUGAAUGUGGCGAUGAGCACUUAGAAUCAGCCAAAUGAGUGAUAACAGAGACUGGCUCAGUGAUUGCUUCCCGAACUUUUGCUCAAGUGUUCGGCUAUUGUUACAUGUAUGUUUGGUGAGAAUGAGUUUGGAUGAGCACUUCUAUCAGUCAAAUGAGUGAUUACAGACACAGACUCAUUAAUAGCUGCCCGAACUGUUGUUGGAGUGUUCGGCCAUUAUUAUAUGUAUAUGUUUGGUGAGAAGGAGUUGGAUGUUGCAGAAGCUGGUAAUAAACCUGUGAAGUAGAAUUCUUGCACUUUGUGCAGGGUUGGAGGUAUUGAUGUGUAUUUAAAUGAUUGACUCAAAGAUGUAAACACUCAAAUUCAAAUUUUAAAAGUGGGGAAGUAGAAAGUCUUUCAGUUUAAGCAUCAACUCUUAUGACCUCUUUCCCUUUUCUCUAUAUCAGCGGUUGCGCCGUUGCGAGGUUGUGGUAUUGUGGAUUUUUGGGGAUGACGAAGCGGAAGUGUGGUGGCGCCUUGGCCACAACGAAGAGGGUUCAAAAUGGCUAGGGCUUUGGUUGUGAUGGUCCAUUACAGCAAGAUUAGUGCUGGUCUGAGAGCAAUAGUCUUAUUGAGUAUUAACCUAAGACCUUCCAUUUAAAUGGAAGAGUAUGACAAAAGUAUGAGCAAGAGUCUUGGAAUUCCAAGACUCUACUCAGACGUUUAAAUUGUAAAUUGAAUCUUAUUAUUCUUAUUUUUUAUUUUUUAUUUUUUUAUGAGUACGAGGGGUGAAGUGGAAAAAUUAAGUAAAUCUGAAAGGGUCUAGACAAGAAUCUGAUUGAUAAAAUGAUAAUGUAGAAGUCUUAGCUUAUACUAGCGCUAAUCUUGCUCAGCA